UGAAUGUGGGGUGGUUGGGGUAUCUCAUUCUUCUCUAACCUCCAGGCAUUGGUGGAUGAAAUGGCUAGCCGGUUGAAAUCACAGGGGACCUCCGUCCCAGAAGGGGCUUUGUCCCUAAUGCAUUGGAAUCCAGUGUUACUUCAGCGACGAGUAUCUGACCUAGAGAUGGCAAAUGCUGAUAUGGUCCGGCAGUACUCUGAUCUUAAAGAAAAACAUUCUCAAGGUCAGAUUGAACUGGCCCGGCGGUGCUCUGAUCUUGAAGAAAAGUAUUCUCAGGGUCAGGCUGAACUGGCCCGGGUCUCUGCUUCUCUGCAUGAUGCUAACACGCUGAACUCUACCCUCCAUGCUCAGCUCGACUCUGAAAAGGAUGAAAAACGUGCCCUUGCUACUUCUCGUGACAAUCUGGAAAAGCUAUACCGUGAUGCCAGCAACUCGUUGACUAUAUUGGAGAGGAGUCAUCGUUUUACCAUGGAGGACUUGGAUAACCAUCGCUACAAGCUGCAAGAGUCUCUGGAUGAUAUGAUUUGCCUCAGGCAAUUGGUGUCGAACAAGGAUACUGUCAUCAAGGAUCUGCGUGCUUCCAAAAAGUCGGUAAUCCGAAAGCUAGAGGCCGCUCGGUUGGCUGUCAAGGCUGCUGAAGAUACUUCUGCUACUCUGAAGGCCCAACGCGACAAGGCCAUGGACAAAGCCGUUCGCGCGGGGCGAAUUCUGAUGAGGAGACCUGGCGUGGUUGUUCCCGACGACAUAGUGGCGGAUGUGAAUGCCGCUCCCGAUUCUUCGAGUCGUCCUUCCUCGUCGGUCGCUCCUGAGAAAAACAUUUCCAGAUAG